AUGGCCAGCCUUUACCAAGACUCGUACCUCACCAUUGCAGCAGCCGUUGCAUGGGGCGACGAAGAAGGCUUUUUAAAAACACGGCCAGCGCAAUAUCUUUCCCAAGAUGUUACCAUGGGUAUCAUGGCCCGACAGCAAAUAGACCACGUCAGCUAUACUGGUAAAGAGCCGAUCUGGCUACGAGCAUGGUGUUUUCAGGAGCGCCUAGUACCUCGACGCGUUUUGACAUUCCGAGAUACGGAAGUAACUUUUGAGUGUCGAUCAGCUCAUUGGUGCGAAUGCGGUCGCAAUGAAAGUUACGCCCAAUGUCCUGAUAGGAUACAAUAUGAGCGCAAGAUUCUGGACUUCUCAGCAAAUGUUGCCAAUCAGAUAGAGUACUGGUAUACCAAUCUUAUCAGAGAAUACACUCAAAUGUCUCUCAGCUUCGAACGAGAUCGACUUCCAGCCAUAUCAGCAAUGGCUGCACAGGUUCUUGCUCACAAAGAAGACCGGUGUAUAUCAGGCGUUUGGGAGAGUCACACGCUUCUGGGCCUUUUAUGGCGGUGCUUUGGAAGUGUUCGUCUUGAUAGAACUGGUACGCAGAAGAUAUUCUUUCCUUUGGCAAAGAUUGCAACCGAGGUUCAAGCGCCGUCAUGGAGCUGGGCGUCCGUCGAGGGCCCCAUUAAUUACAGUUUAAUACGCAGCGUCCGCAACAUUUCUUUCGACGCCGAAAUCGUGGUUUUGGACUAUCCAAAGUUAUUUAACAACACCUACUGGAUCAUGAGCCCAACCUGCAGUCUCACACUUCGAGGGCGAGUGAUGGACAUUGCCGUAGAGGUACCUGGCCAGCUUCUUCUACGCGGGUCUCCGAUCGCCAGCCAUCCGCAUUGCAGCUUUUUACUGAACCCUCCUACAAUUCAGUCAGACUUGGCAAUCCCUAAAUACGAUAUUUUCUAUCAGGGUCAUGGUCCUAUUCAACCCCAUUGCGAUACUUGCAGUCUUAUUCAUGAAACUGUUGUUUUCUGGCCCGACACACAAUUGUCACCGGAGCAAGAUCGGACUGGGAAGUACUACUUACAAAAGUGCAUCUGGCCUGUGGAAAGACCCAAGCCGGCCAUGAUUCAGACGCAGUGUCUUCUGUUAUAUAACCGGCCAGGAAUAUGUUGGGGCGGGCUAAUGUUGCAGAAAUCUCAACAAUGUGAGGAAGCAUAUGAACGCUUGGGCUUCGUGGAAUUUUAUUCGACACAUCCAUUGUUCGAACAGUUGGAGGAACUUCCAUAUGAUGUACUAAAACUGCUUUAA